AUGAAUGAACUGAAUAGAGAACUUAUCUUGGGAUUUGCCCCUGUGCAUCUAUCCCUUUUCAAUCCAGAAUCGCUAUUACACACCUUCAAUUUUUUUGGUGUCGGAGAUGAUCAGAUGGACAUUAAGUCAAAUCAUGUCACUACUUCCAAUUUUAUAAUACCUCAUCCACUUUAUUCUCCACACGGAAAUGCUUUGAAUCCAGCUUUUGUUGAAUUAAUAGGUCAAACAAUCAAUACGUUUUUUGCUGUCUUCAUGUUGUUUCAAUUAUCCCGAUUGUUAUUGACAAGAAAGAAGAGUCAUCGCAUCUAUACCCCAACUCCCUUUCUGCAAACUUUGAAAAUAAGUUUAGUAUUAUUGCAAGCCAUCCUAGUAGCACUGUUAUACUUUUUGAAUAAGAAUUCAUAUUUUAUUGGAGGAAUUGCCGCUACAGUUUUGGCAUUGAUUUUGCAUUUCGUUGAAUUUAGACGAUCACCAGUCGCCAUUGAAUCGUUGUUAUUAUAUUGGUCAGUCAAUACUGCGUUCACUUUUGCUGUAUUUAUACAAGACUCUUACUCUAAACAUAAGAUUUAUGCUAACUCAGGCCCAGCUUAUGUUGUUGAAAUUAUCAGUCUCAUCAACAGCUUUUUGCUUUUUGUAUUUGAAGUUGGUUACUAUAAACCCGGAUUUGAAAUCACAAAUGAAAAAUUCUUAGACACAGUCAACUUGUUUUCAUAUUUCACAUUUUAUUACCUCCAACCCCUCAUCAAUAAGAUCUAUGCCACUGAUGAUGUCGAGUUGUCUGAUUUACCUGACAUUUUGGGCAAUCUUACUUGUGAUGAUACUAAAGCUAAAGUAACCAAGGCAUGGGAGGAAGAGUUGAAAAGAACUAAGAAGCCAGGCUUGCUUUCCAAAAUUUGGAGUUUUAUCACUAGAAAGAAAGCAAAAUCGAAGCCACAAAUGUUUGUAGCUAUUGCUAAGGCUUUUUAUGAUAAAUUUGCUAUCAGUAUUACACUUGCAAUUAUUGGAACUGCGUUGAGUUUCUUGCAGCCAUUUCUUUUGAGGAAAUUCAUUCAAUUUUUUAGUACAUAUUUUUACAGUGUUGAGAAACCGCCGAUCGUCAUUGGUUAUUUCUGGGCAUCAAUAAUGUUCUUGACAUCAGUCGCCAAUUUCAUUACAUUCAACCAAGCCUUUAAAACUCAAUUUGAUCUUGGGUACGAAAUUCAGAGCUCACUCACCACAUUAAUAUAUGAAAAGGCUUUAAAAUUAUCUCCCCAGUCAAGAAAGAACAAGCCAACCGGUGAUAUCAUUAAUCACAUAACUAUGGACAUUGAUAUUAUCUUUUGGUUUUGUUGGCAACUUGGAGACUAUUUGGCUUCACCAUUAAAAUUGGCUGUUUGUUUGUUGUCAUUAUAUAAGUUGUUUUCAAAUGCUACAUGGGCUGGUGUAAUAACUGCCAUUGUUGUCGCACCUCUUGCCACCAUUGUGAAUGCUUCCAUGUCAAAGAAUUAUAUACAGUUGAUGAAAGACAAGGAUGAAAGAACUAGUUUGAUUACAGAGAUUUUGAACUCAGCCAAAAGUAUUAAGUUUUAUUCUUGGGAAAAGCCAAUGUUAGCUCGAUUGAGUCACGUUAGAAAUGACAGAGAAUUAGAUAAUAUUAAGAAAAUUGGUGUGGUCAGUGCCCUUGCACAAUUUUUGUGGUCUUGUAUUCCAUUUUUUAUUAGUUGUGCCACAUAUGCCACUUAUGCUUAUUUUUACAAUGUUCCAUUAACACCUGAUAUUGUUUUCCCUGCUUUGGCGUUAUUUGAUUUAUUAUCAGAACCUAUGUUGUUAAUCCCCAGUUUUAUUGUUGAAGUUAUAGAAGUUUCAACCUCGUUGGCUAGAAUUGGUGAGUUGUUAUGUUUGGAUGAACUUGCUGAUGAUCAACAUGGUUAUGUGAAGAGAGACCCAGAACCUAAUGAAAACUCUGUUUAUUCUGUCAUUGUGAAAGACGCAACAUUUAUUUGGUCUGAAGAAACACAACAGAAACAGUAUACUGAUGAAGAGAGUGAAGUUCAAGAAGCACCAACUAACAACGUGGCAUUGAAAAACAUCAAUUUUUCCGCCAAAAAGGGUGAAUUGGCAUGUAUUGUUGGUAAAGUUGGAAGUGGGAAAUCUACAUUAAUUAAGGCCAUUUUGGGUGACGUUCCAAUCAAAAUCCCUUCUUAUUCUGAUGAUUCGACAAAUCCAACACCAAGCGUGCAAACUUUCGGAUCAAUUGCCUAUUGUCCACAGAACCCAUGGAUAUUGAAUGGAACUGUAAAGGAGAAUAUUUUGUUUGGUCACAAGUAUGAUACUGAAUUCUAUCAAAAAACUAUUGAUGCUUGUGAAUUGAUUUCUGAUUUUAAAAAUCUUCCUGAUGGGGACCAGACUGUUGUUGGUGAGAAAGGUAUUUCUCUUUCGGGUGGACAAAAGGCUCGUAUUUCUUUAGCCAGAAGUGUAUAUACAAGAGCUGAUAUUUAUCUUUUGGACGAUAUCCUUUCAGCAGUGGACGCCCAUGUUGGGAAAAAUAUCAUCAAAAAAGUAUUAAGCAAUGAUGGUAUCCUUGGAAAUCGUUGCAGAAUACUAGCAACAAAUUCUGUGCCAGUUUUGCAUGAAGCAAAUGAUAUCUACUUGAUAUCUGGUGGUGCAUUUGUCGAGCACGGGAAAUUUAAAGAAGUGAUGAACAGAAAUGGUGAUUUAGCAAAAUUGAUCAAAGAAUAUGGACGUAAAAAGGAUGAAGCAACAGAAGAAGAAACAGCUGAGGCAUCAGCAGAACCAAAAGAGGAAGAACAUUCUAAUGGGAAAUCAGAUACAGCUGUUCAGGACGAACUUGAAACAGAUGAGUUGGUUGAUGAAAUUGUUGAUUACGUUGGCGAACAAAAUCGUGGUGUUGUUGAACAAGCGGUAUUGCGUCGUGCAAGUGUGGUUUCAUAUGGCCAUAAUUACGAAAAUGAUGAAGCUGAUAAUGGUCAAAUAAGAAAAACCAGACAUGAGCAAGAGGAGUCAAGAAAAGGUACUGUUCCAUGGGAUAUUUUUAAGCAAUAUAUUAUUGCCUGUGAUUACAAGUAUUUUUCAUUCUACAUUGCUGCAACCUUCUCAGUGGUUUUGAUCUCCGCUGGAGAAAAAUAUUUAUUGAGUUAUUGGUCUCAACUUAAUAGUGAACAGAAUGAUACGGUUGAACCAGUAUUCUUCUUGGGUACAUAUGCUGCUCUUGGUGUUGUUUCUGGCUUUUUGACUUAUAUGGGUGCACUUGUCAUUUGGAGUUAUUGUAUUAUUAAAGGUUCAACUUACUUCCACAAUAAAAUGGCCGAGUCUGUAUUGAGAUCACCAAUGUCAUUUUUUGAUACUACACCAAUUGGGAGAAUUUUGAACAGGUUUACGGAAGACAUUGGUAAAAUUGAUAUGAAUCUUCCAUGGACUAUUAUAUCAUUUAUAACAACUUUACUUAACGGUUUUGUUACAUUUGGAGUGAUAUUGUCCUUUUUACCAUUGAUGCUAGUUGUGAUAGUCUCGCUAUUAUUUGUUUACAAUUAUUUCCGUAUUAGAUUUGUUCCAACAACAAGAGAAUUGAAAAGAUUGGAAUCCAUAGCCAAGUCACCGGUGUUGGCAACAAUUCAAGAAUCGAUCAAUGGGGUAGAAACGAUCAAAGCUUUCCACCAAAGAGAACGUUUUGUUUACAAGAGCAAGAAGCUUAUUGAUGAAAAGACCUUGAUUGGUGUUGUGCAACAGAAUUGUAAUAGAUGGUUGUCAAUGAGAUUACAAACCAUUUCAUCUAGUAUUAUGUUUUUCACUGCGUUGUUAGCUGUUGUUACGUUGGGAGGUAAACAUCCUAUACUUCCUAGUAUUUUGGGGUUUGUGAUGACAUAUUCAAUGAGCAUCACUUAUAUCUUAAACUCGCUUGUGAGGAUUUGGGCUGAAAUGCAAGCUGGAGGUGUUGCUAUUGAAAGAAUUAUUGAAUAUUGUGAUUUGCCCUCAGAAGCUCCAAUGAUAAUUGAAGAUAAAAGACCACAAAAAUCUUGGCCAGCAAAUGGGGUGGUCAAGUUUAAAAAAUACAGUACCGCCUACAGAAAGCAUUUGGAUCCUGUUUUGAAAGAGAUUGAAUUAACCAUUAAUUCGAAGGCAAAAGUCGGUAUUGUGGGUAGAACUGGGGCAGGAAAGUCAUCAUUGACAUUAGCUUUGUUUAGAAUAAUUGAAGCGACUGGUGGCAACAUUGAAAUAGAUGGUGUGGACACUAGCCAAAUUGGAUUGUAUGAUCUUAGACAUCAUUUGACCAUUAUUCCUCAAGAGGCACAUACAUUCAGAGCCUCAGUUAGAGAAAACUUGGAUCCAUUUGGUGAAUACACCGAUGAUAAACUUUGGAAGGUGUUGGAAUUGGCACAUUUGAAAGAACAUGUUACUAAAAUGGAGACCGAGCCCACAGAAGAAGAGAAGAAGGCAAGCAAGAAUCCAGACGAAUUGUCAAAAAAGGUGGGACUCGAUGCUCAAAUAGAAGAAGGUGGGUCUAAUUUGUCUGCUGGUCAAAAACAAUUAUUGUGUUUAGCAAGAGCGUUGUUAAAUGAAACUAGUAAAAUUUUGGUGCUAGAUGAAGCAACUGCUGCAGUUGAUUUCCAAACCGACAAAAUUAUUCAAGAAACCAUCAGAAAUGAAUUUAAGGAUAAAACAAUCUUGACAAUUGCCCAUAGAAUCGAUACUAUUAUGGAUAGUGACAAGAUCUUGGUGUUAGAUAAUGGAAAGGUUGCAGAAUUCGAUUCACCUCAAAACUUGUUGACGAACAAAGACAGUAUUUUCUACUCCCUUGCAAAAGAAGGUGGAUACAUAGAUUAA